UAAACCAGUUGAUAAAUCAAAUUCAUUCAGUGUACACGUUCUUUUGAAGCGCAUUUUUCCUUAUUUGUGUUUUUAAACUAUUUUGUCUGUGAAAUACUGAAUUUUGUGAUCAUGAGUAAGCUGGAAGUUGACACAGCAGAUGUUGUAGAUAGUGUGCCAGUGUUGCCUAUAGCUAUUGCUGUGGGUACUACAGUAGUCCUAGCAACUGUGAUAGCUAAUUGUCUAUGGAGCAAAAAGAAGGCCAAAAGCAAGAACCCGGUGACCCUUGUGGAUCCCAAUGUGAAAUAUGCACUACCUCUCAUAGAGAGAGAGGAGAUCAGUCAUGACACAAGACGGUUCCGAUUUGGACUGCCAAGCAAAGACCAUGUAUUAGGCCUGCCCAUAGGCCAGCACAUCCAUUUAUCGGUGAAACUGGCUGAUGACCUGGUCAUCAGAGCAUACACCCCAGUGUCCAGCGAUGAAGAAAAAGGAUAUGUGGAUCUGGUUAUUAAGGUGUACUUCAAAAAUGUGCAUCCGAAAUUCCCUGAAGGUGGCAAGAUGUCCCAGCACUUAGAAAACAUGAAGCUCGGAGACACGAUCGACGUGCGAGGCCCGUCCGGCCGUCUGCAGUACGUCGGCAACGGCCAGUUCCUCAUCAAGAAGCUUAGGAAAGACCCGCCUACCAAAAUAGUCGUCAAGAAACUUAAUAUGAUUGCUGGUGGAACCGGCAUCACCCCCAUGCUGCAGCUGAUCCGCCACAUCUGCAGCGACGCCGACGACCACACCGAGCUGCGGCUGCUGUUCGCCAACCAGACCGAACAGGACAUCCUGCUGAGGGACGAGCUCGAGAACUAUGCCAAAAACCAUCCCAACCAGUUCAAGCUGUGGUACACCAUCGACAGGGCUGACCCAGAUUGGAAGUACAGCACGGGCUUCAUCAACGAGUCGACGAUCAGCGCGCACAUGUUCCCCGCGGCCGCCGACACGCUGGUGCUGAUGUGCGGGCCGCCGCCCAUGAUCAACUUCGCCUGCACGCCCGCGCUCGAGAAGCUCGGCUUCCAGGAGGACUUGCGGUUCGCAUAUUAACUCUUCAUUCGCCACACGACACAGAGCGAGCUGCCUCGCGCGGCAAACGGCCAAUGUAGACGUGCCUCGGCUGAGGUAGACCGCGAGUUUGCCUCGGACGAGGUAUGGAUACAUUGGACACGUCGCGCAACAUACCUCGCCCUGUGUGUGAAGCCUACAGUAGAUUAAAGGCCGGCAUCGAACCCUAUGUCACCGUUGAAAUGUUCGCAUGGAUUUUGUAUGGGAACUUUCGCUUCACUGCUGAUGUAUGUUAAUCAGUCUGUUAAGUGUAGUUGAUGCGACUGGACCUUAGACCUGGGUUUUUCUGACCACUUGGGGGUCGAAAAGAUAGGAAAAUACUGAUUUAAAGCUUUAGGGUCACGAGGAGCAAGAUUACAUACUAAAUGUUACAUUCUAAUGCAACGAGUAAGUACAAAAAGUGAAACUCUUGAUUGCAUUGCAUGUUAGCAAGGAAUUAAAUGGCGGCUGCCUUUAUCUGCGAAUAUGACGUCAUUUUUGAACUCUUGCCAUUAGUAAAAGACAAAGCAUUUAUUAAAAAAAAAGCAUUUGUACAGUUUGACAAAAAAGAGUAGAAAUUGAAUUAUUUUUUUAUCAUAGUAACAUUUUCUCAUACAAAAGUGACUCAAUAGUUGCCGCAUGCAAAACGGUGGCGCUCCUAUUAUAUUUUACUCUUUUUGCCAGGCUGUAUUAAAGGUUAUAGUGAUACCAGUAACGUCUUGUAUCCAGGUGACGUAUUUAUAUUUUGGAUAAAUUGUUGUAAUAUAUUAACAUUAAGUAUAAAAGAGGUGAACGAGAAUUAUUUAAUGUUGUUAUCUGUUUGUAUAGUGCAUCUUUUUUAUUGCUUUUUUAGUUUAAACUCUGGACUGGAUUUUAGAAAAUAUACAUACUAGUUUAUAUA